AUGAGAGCCUUCGCCAUUGCCGCUGGGCUUCUGAGCCUGCUCUCCCCAGUUGUCGCGAGCUCCGCAGACAAGGUGUCGGAAGUCAAAACGCCGGCCACUUUCAAGCCGCCUCAAGUCUUCAAGAAUGCCAAUCUAGUGCACAUCAUUUCUCUUGAGAAGAACUACGUCAAGGAGUCAAUCAAUGUUCUGAUUGAGAAUAUCGACAAGCAACCCCAGGAUGAAUACUAUCUGCCCUUCAACCCUGACCAGAUGUCGCGCAUCGGCGGCUUCGAGGCAAAGGACAGGAAAAAUCCCGAAACAGGCCCUUUUGCUGCUGAAGCGGUCGAGUACGACCCUUUAAGCGAGAUCCAGUACUAUAGAAUCAAGUUACCGGCGCCCUUGAAGGCUGGUGCCCAGCAGACGCUGAGCAUCUCUUACUACCUCCUCAAGGCGUACAAGCCCCUUCCUGCCUCGAUCGCUCAGGAAGAGAAUCAAUUUCUCACCUACGACUUCUCGGUGUACGCCCCCUCAGCCUACACCACCACGAAGCAAAAGACGGAGCUCAAGUCCCACUCCUCGAACAUCCCUGAUUACACCAAGCUCCCUGGCAGCGGAGAGGUUAAAGAGUUUCCUCAAAAGGCAGGCUCUAAGCUUACUUAUGGCCCCUUUGAUGAGAAGCCUGCCGGCGCUGUUUCUCCGGCUCAGGUGCGAUUCGAGUUUACCAAGCCCGUAACCCACGUCGCCACGCUCGACCGCGAUAUUGAGGUCAGCCACUGGGGAGGAAAUGUGGCUUUCGAGGAGAAGUACGAACUCUAUCACCGCGGUGCCAACUUGUCCAAGCUUUUCAACCGAGUGAAGUGGCAGCAGUCGCAAUACUUCAACCCCAAUACCUAUGCUUUGAAGGAAUUGAGGUUUCCUUUGAGAAUUGGAAGUGCAGACCCCUACUACACCGACGCUAUCGGCAAUGUCUCGACUUCGAGAUUUCGUAGCAACAAGCGCGAGGCUCUCCUCGAGAUCAAGCCCCGUUACCCUGUGUUUGGUGGCUGGAAGUACCCCUUCACCAUCGGCUGGAAUUCGGAUGCUAAGAACUUUGUCCGAACCAUCGAUCGCUCCGGAAAGUACGUCCUCAACGUACCUUUUCUGGAAGGGCCUAAGCAGCCUGAGGGUGUUGAGUAUGGUCAGGUUAACCUGCGCAUCCUUCUGCCAGAGGGAGCUACGAACGUCAAGUUUUACACCAGCCUCCCUGAAUCGGCCAUCACUGAUUCCGCCGUUGGCAUUCACAGAACCUAUCUCGACACUGUGGGUCGCACCUCCGUCACUAUUAAGGCGAACAACCUUGUCGACGAGUUCCGUGACCGAGAGGUAAUUGUGUCUUAUGAAUACUCAACGGUGUCUGCGCUGCGCAAGCCCCUUGUUGUCUUCGUCAGCAUGGUUUUCGUCUUUGUGGCGGCAUGGGUUAUUGGGGGACUGAACCCGACGAUUGCAAAGAAGAAAUAG